AUGGAAAUAAGUUCGCUGUAUACAAAAAGUUUAGCUGUUGGAUGUUAUCAACAACUAAGACCCAUUACAUUAAGACCACACGUCAAUAUUGUUGAUGUCUGUGGUGAAAUUCUCACUAAUUUUACUUGUAUAAAGUCAAAAGUAUUACUUGACUCAUCUCAAACAACUAUUUGUCUACAUGAUGUGAACAGAGAUGUCUAUGUUAGUGGUACAAUUAUUAAUCAAAAAAUAUGGGAAGAAAAUCUCGUGACAAAGUUAUUAAAAAUAUUAUUAAAAUAUCCAGAGUAUGCCAUGAUUGAUAUUGGUGCUAAUAUCGGUACUUAUACGAUGUAUUCAUUAUCCAUUCAUCGCACAACAAUCUCAGUCGAAUGUUAUCAACCAAACAUUGAGAGGAUUGUACGAGCUGUACAACUUGAGAAUGUUUCAAGAUAUCUAACAUUAAUUGGAAAUGCAAUAUAUACUGAAGCGGAUAAAUAUUUGCAAUUAGAAGAAGACAAAUCAAAUAUUGGUGGACAAGGAUUAAUAAUGAAUGAAACAACAAAUCGUACAUUUCCAGUUUCUGAUAAAUUCACAGUUAGAACCAUUCGCUUUGAUGACUUACUACCCAUCUUUAUUGAUCGUCAAGUUCGAAGUGCAAUAAUGAAGGUUGAUAUUCAGUCAUCUGAAAGUUUCUUAUGUGCAUCAGGUAAUAAAAUAUUUGAUUCAAUCAACAUUGUAUUAGUUCAAAUGGAAUGGGCCGAAAUUAAAUGGAAAACCAACCAGGUCGAGUUCAUUUUUGAUUUUUUCACUAAACGAAAUUAUGUGCCAACAGCUACAGAUAACUGUCAAAUAUUGAAUAGAACAACGAGUAAUUACACAAGAUGGGGAACACCACAUGAUAUCUUCUGGAUUAAAUCAAGUUACUAUCAUAUUUGUGAAACUUAACUGAAAACAAUCAGUGCGGCUGUUGAACUUCAAACUAUCGAUUUUUUUCGUUUAUAUGUAGAAGCGCUCAACAGACUUUUAUAAGAAUUAUACAAGAUCGAUCGAUUCUUCAAUAACGAAAUCUCAAUGGCAGAUUUUUUUUGUUCAUGUAAGAAAAAUGAUGAAGAUUAGAAAACAUUUUGGCUAGAGGUAUGUCUCAAUUAGAAAAAGGCUUAUGAUGGUCUUUGUAAUAGAGAGCGAUAGACAAAAGUACAGAUUCACUUUUAUUCUUUGCCUUUUGUUUUCAAAUGAAAAGGUUCUAAAGUCAAAUCCCUGUUCGACUAUGUAGUUCAAACUCGUUUCACUAUUUCAAAAAAUAUGAAUCGUCAAAGAAACGACAGCGAAACGUGGCUUGAGUUGAGUUGAUUACUAAAAUCUUACUUUUGAAACACUGACAUUUGUAUUUUUUGUGGAAAAUAGGACUACAUUCUACUUUAGGAGAGUUGCACUUCAUAGCAGACACAUCACUUAUUUCGAGUAUUUUAACUAGAUUAAUUUUUCUGACUUUCUACAGUUACAACAUCCGUCGAGUUUUUAACCAUUUUUGAACAAGAGCUCAAUUCUUGGAUCUGAAUGUGUAUGCUCGCGCAAUUUUCUGAGCUUAUAGCCAUCCUCUUUCCCAAAUUCUACUUUUAUUCCCAUAUUGGAUUUAAGACCCCAGCCCGCGAGCAGAUCUCGAACAUCUGAAUAGACAGCUCGAUCUAGAAUAUUUUUCUUUUAUCAUACUAACAUCAUUCUUUUAGAAUGUCAUGCGGAGAAAACACUAUGAUGAGUUUAUUUUUAUGAAGUAGUCUGUGUUUUCUUUUGUACUAAUUUAACUUCAAAUAAAAGUAUAUAACAAAUAUUCAGAAAGCGAUUCAUCGCCCUGAAUUUUUUCGUUGCAAAUAGAUCUCGAUGAAUAUGAAAAAGUCCUGCUGGAAGUAUCUCUCCAUCAUAGCGAUAAAUACUACUGUUUAUUGGAGAACGUUUGAUAGAAAUAGAUUGGUAGAAACCUGCGGUCUUUGCCGAAUGCCAAGAAUGAGUACAUAUUUGCGUAACUAAAACAAGUUUCAAAAUCAUCUUUGAAAGUAAGGUUCUGAUAUUUUACGAAUAGCUUAUGAUGUUUUAACGUUAGAUGAAAACAGAAUGAUUGACCAAUUAACCAAGUUACUGAAUUAUUCUCCUAAAACAAAUAUUCUCCUAUUUACAAACACCUUCCUAUUUUCAAAUUAUUCUCUUAGAAUAUAUGUGUCUUUCUUCUGGAAUCGACUACUGGUACGUGUUUCUUUGAUACCUGAAGAUUGCUCCUAUUUGGAGAUGAAGAUAUCUCCAUUUUGUAGAGAAAUGUUUGGUCUAUCAGACUCAGUUACGAGAAAAAUUUAAUAUGCCCAUGCUCUUCGUACAAUUCAGUUUCUACGAAAAGAGGAUAAAAAAAGCCGGUUUUUUACCGGUGCAUGCCCAAUUAUGUUUCUGAAUGGAAUAAAGAAAUGGCGACAGACCGAUCAGAAUAUAUUUUUGAAACGCUCUCUUGAUUGUCAAUGAAAAAAGAUAAAUUGUACUAAUCAAAGAAGCUGCUAGAGAUAUAAACGAGUUAUUCAACAUACAAGGGAUUGCAAACUAAAUCCUACUCAAUGUACUAUAUGUAAUAAAUUGAUUAUUCUAUGUUGGUAUCAUGCAAAAAUGUGUCAAGAAGGAAAUUGUCAAGUAAGAAAAUACUUUCCUUUUUUUUUGUUAAUAAGGUCUUUUUUUGUUUUUGGGUUAAUUUGUUUUUGGGUUAAUAAGGUCUUACAACUAGUUUUAAUUCUAAUUUAAUUGUAUCAACAAAUUCAAAAGAAUCUGAAUCAGUCUCUGACAUUGCUGUCAAUGAUAAUAGCCAAAUAUUUACCGUGUUGUAAUUAUAAGCACGUACACCCAACGCUUACUUCCUGCCUAAGGUGCAAUCCAAAUGUUCUCUGCGUCCCAUUAUUUCUAGUUAUGGUACUUAUAAUCACGACACAGCUAAACAAUUGACUAACUUAUCAUUACCGGCAAUGUCAGAGACCAUAGGCGUAACUACGGGGGAGACUAGUGGGCCAUGGCCCAACACGAUCUGAGCAUUGGCCCAAUACCAAAUUGUUUUUGAGUGUUCUGCCCAAAGCUUUUCCUUCACCUACCAAUCCUGAAUAAAGUUUGUGACAUGAAAGCGAAAUAAUGUGCUGCCA